AUGUCGGAAAGUAGCCGAAGCCCAACCUCUAUCUAUGUGGGUGCAAUCAUUGCUGUGGUCGCGCUAUCAACAGUUGGGAUCAUCCUUAGGGUUAUGGCAGUCAGAAGGAUGCGAAUGGCUGCACUUCAGCCUCAGAAUGCGUUGGCUUCUCCCCUGGUAUAUCCUCAGUCAUCACAAGGCCCCAGCACAUUAGGAAGAUUCAGCUAUUAUAACCCUCCCACACAGCCGCCUCGAAGUUAUACGGGAAACUCUACACAGGGAUGGAACAACUUUCCUGAGCCUGCUCCUCCAUAUCAGCCUCCUUCGUCACCUCCUUUGUCACCUCGAAUAAACAGUUCUGGGUCAUAUCCGAGGACUAGCACUGUAUUUUCUCCUCCUGAAGGACCUCCUCCGUCACAGCCUUCAGUUCCCAUUAUCCCUCCGAGCUUUCCUGUCCCCAAUACAUCCCCUCCUCGUACCCCGCAAGUUCCUCGUGCCCCACAAACUCCUAGAACCCCACAGACACCCCGUGAACCCCAAGCCCCUUCAACCCAUUCGUAUCCACAAGCAUCUUCACAUCCACCCUCGCAGGAACCUACAGUUCCUGACCCACCCCAAGAGUCAUCAGUUCCUUUAACUCCCGCGGACACCGGCACUUCAGUGCAUGCCAUGAGUCUUAUGGACCGAAUGCGAGAGGUGCAAAGUCUUAUGCUACAAAUCCAUAACCUAGAGAAAGAACCCGCCAAUUCCGAUAACCGAGCGAAAAUUCAAGCGCUUCAGAGUCGCGUUACGGAGCUGAGCGAUGUAUCCGAAGCGCCACCAGUCCCAACUUCAACAACACAUGUAGCCUCCGAUAAUCCUCCUCGACAGCCUCCACCUUAUGCCCUAGACGGACGUGACGACUGA